UUUGUACCUCAACCUAAAUCCAAUGAUUCAAUUGAAGUUUUAAGUAACAGCCAUAUUUCAAGAUGUGAAGAUUGUUUCAUACAAUGUGCAGAUGAUGAAAUAAAUCAGCGAGUUAUGGGUUACAUGGCUUCAGGAGUUUAUAAAUACCAUUUAUCACAGCAAUCCUCAUUCGAUCAAACUGAAGGAACUAAUGAACAUGUGCCUACAAAUGGAAAUGUUGAUAACAUAUAUGAAAACGAGGAUAGGCUUCAUAAAGAUCCUGUGUUGGAAGAACAGAAAUUUGAAUCCUCAAAUGACAUGGUCUGUGUCGGGAAUGCAUCCUUGCAAGAAUUAAAGAAAAAAGUCCUACCGAAAUUAAUGGACCUGGGAAAUGUUAUAUCAAAAAAGAUAAAGUGUCUAACAGAACUCCAAAAUCAGCUUAUUGUUACAUUAACAGAAAUCAAAUACAAACAAACUGAAGUUAUUCAAUUUAUAGAAUUAAAUGAAAACAAGUCUAUUGAGCUAUGUUCUUCAAGAAGUUAUUUUAGAAAAUUUGGUGCCCCCUACUUCUCAGACCAGAGAGGCUUCAAUGCUCCCUACAAUGAAGAUCACUAUCAGAAACAAAAAAAUGGUGAAUUAGAAAUCCAAUCACUUCCCAAGACUUACAACUGGACCAAGACACACAAGCAUAUGAUGCAAACUGCAAUCAAAAAUUGUCUUGUUUCUGAACAAUCCACAUUGCUGACCAAAGAAAUCGCAGAACUUAAAAAAGAUUUACGAGAAACAUCAAAACGUAAAAAAGAGUCCAAAUCAUUGGUGAAGGGUAUUGUGAAAAAAAUAACUGAAAAACAAGAAAAAUUAAAAGGGCUUUAUAAAAUGCCUCUGAAGGAGCUUAUAGCGGGUGAAAAUGAAAACAGAGAUUAUGAUUGGAUGAAAUUUUCAAGUUCAUUGUUUGAUGGACAACAUUCAUCUGAAGAAUGUAAGGUUUUUUGGAAUCUUUACUUAAAACCUGCAAUAAAUAAAGAUUGUUGGAGUGAUCAAGAAGAUAAGAAAUUAAUAGAAUUAGCGGCUCAACAUCAAUAUCAAGAUUGGGAUAAAAUUGCUGAACUAUUGGGGACAAAUCGAACUGGAUAUCAAUGUAUAGUGCACUAUAAAGCUAGAUUAGAGGGGAGUAAUAACUUGUCUAGCGGCAAGUGGACAAAAAAAGAAGAUAAGAAACUAUUGACAGUAAUAAAUUCAUCGAAACUGGGAAAUUAUAUACCUUGGGGUAAAGUUUCCUCCUUCAUGGGGAAUCGAAACCAUGAUCAAGUAUAUACUAGAUGGUCACACACUUUAAAUCCAGAUAUAGUCAAAGGAAAGUUUUCAAAGGAGGAAGAUCUGUUAGUUGUAUCAGGGAUUGAAGUGUUUGGUGCAACUUUCAAGCAGUUGGCGUUGUUCUUGAAGCAUAGAACAUCUACUCAAAUCCGUGAACGAUAUGAGCGAUACCUCUUACCAAAAACAACAAAGACAGGUACUUGGUCACUUGAAGAAGACGAGAAACUAUUAAAGCUUUUAAAUGACUGUGGUUCUCACAACUGGUCAAAAAUUGCCAAAGAAAUGAAAACAAGAACCAGAACACAAGUAAGGCUUAGAUACAAUUUUAUUCAACGAAUGAUGGAAAAACAUCCUGGUUGGACCAUUGCUGAUGUAAACCGGAAUAAAAAACAAAAAAAAAUCAAGAAUAACACCAAAAAAGAUGUAAAAAAGAUCAAAGACCUUGUGAAUAAAAUUGAAAAUGUGUUCCCUUUGUCAGAUCUCGAGAAAGAGACCUAUCUCCUAGACAAACUGUCAGAGUUGAAACAAAAAAUAUUUUCCAAAGUCCCUAAAAAAGUGUCCAAAAAAAGAGAAUUUGCCUUUGAUAUCAAAUCAGGUAUAAAUAAUGAUAUUGUUGAACUGUUCUCAGUUUGCCACAUCAGAUCACCAAGAAAGAGUUCAAAGUCUUAUGUUGCCCAAUUGGAAACUAAUAGUUUAAAUGAACUGUUUCUCUUGAAUAAAUAUUUUGGUCUUCAAUUUGAAUUGCCAAUUAUUGAAAGUGAUAUUUGGGAUAAUCCAAGAUUAACCUUUGCGUUAAAAUGUCGUCUUACAAAUGCCUUAAAUAAUGAUUCAAAUGAACUCAUAUCAAGCUGUUCAAUGUCACAGGCGACCGCUGUAAGACUUGAAUCCACCAACGGAAUCGACUGUCCAGUUUCUUCGCAUGAUAACACACUAAUUAUGUUGGAAUGGUGGUACGACCCACCCAUCGACAUCACCAGGUUAAACUUCAGCGAAUUUUUCAAAAGAACUGUUUUUGAUUAUUCCUAUGGCAUGCAUUUAGACAUCUGGCAGUCAAAAAUGAAAAGGUCUUGGCAAAUCUUAAAUGCUCAGGAGUAUGUUGUUAAUAUUGAGGAAACCCUUCCUACACCUGAUUAUCUGUUUCCUCCCAAUCAGGCUACUGCACUAGGAAUCAGGUCAGUUCAUAUCAGUGAACCUAUUUUAGAAAGACAUUUAAUUGACAAGGAUAUUGCAGAAAAAUCUCACUUCAUUAAGAAAGAGAAAAAUGAAGACUGGAUAGGAAAUGACAAUUUAGAAGGUUUCACUGAAGCACUAGGACAGGUGUGUGGCAAAUAUCAGAAACUAUUGCUAAAACUCUUUACAUGGCCCCAUAUUCUAUCAAUAAAUAGCAUGAGUAAAGGUCCAAGUAAAGAUCAUUCUUCCAGAAAAAGGUUGGAGGACUUGCGGGGUGACAUAUUUGGUGACUAUGAGACAGAUUUAGCCAUAAAUAACACAUUUCAAGAAAGUGAACAAACCCCUUUGAUGCCAAGUAACUCUCAUCUCUCUUUGGAUAAAAAACACAAGUUAAAAGAUGCAAAACAGGCAAAAAUAAAAGCAGAACCUGAAAGAAAGAAGGCAAAAUUGAUUGAUAGUUCCAAAGUAUUGGCAAACGAAGAAAAUUAUAAAAGCAAUAAGGGUUUAAGACAGCCUUGUGAAAAAAUGAACGGUCAGAAACAUAAUGAAGAAAGUUUUAAAAGCAAUAAUGGUUUAAAACAGCCUUGUAAAAAUAGGAACGGCAAGAAACAGACUUCUAAGGAGAACAGUAAUUUUCAUGAAAAUGAACUGUGUAAUGUAGAAAUGUCUUUGGCGUUACCAAGGCAAACUUACAAAAGAAUAAAUUCUACCAAAAGCAAGAAAUGAAGAAACUAUGUCGUCAAGAAUGCAUACUGAAAAAUAAAUGGGAAAAUAAAUUAAAAAAGCUCUGUUACCAUAUUACAAGGCUUUAUGAAUAUUGAGUGCUCUACUACAUCAAAAUAAAUAGGUGCUUCACUGAGAAGACUUAUAUACUGUGCAUGUAGUUUUACAAUUAUCACCAGUUUAUGUACAUGUUCUGUAUCAGAACAAGUGUUUAAAGUUAGUAUUGUGUAAUAUAUGUUGUAAAGAUUGUUUAAAUGUGCAUUUGUAAUUUGUAUGUUAAAAUAUGUUGAAGUUUAUCGCCUGUUUGUUAGAAGAAUGUAACAGCCUAGUUGUAAAACCAUUUGAUUUGAUUCAGAUUGAAAUGUCCUGAAUGGAACAGUCACAAUGUAAAUAGUUCCUUAGGCCUUAAAGAUUUUUGUGCCAUCUGUAUUUAUAUAGGUAUUUACUAUCAAUGUCCUUGUUCAAUGUUCAAAAAACUUAACAAAAAUUUGUUUGAGGUUGAAUGUUAUUACUUUGCAUAUGAAAUAACAAGUCUUUUUGCAUAACCGAACCAAUUAAAUAGUAAUAUGAAUAUUCAAGUCUAGUUAAAGAAUAAAUUCCUGUAAAACUGUAAUUUUAAUUUAUAUUUUUGUUAUUCAAUAAGUAUAAAAUAAUUACAUCAAUAGUAAACAACAUCAAUUUGUUGUUAAAGGUAUUGUUCAUCCCGAUAUUUCUUUAAAAAACUUGUAGACUUCCAAAGUUCACAAUUUAUCUGAGGAGGAUCAAAGUGUAUUUUCAUGCUUGUCGUUCCAAGUUAAAUUUCCAUAAUUUAUAUUAUUUAUAUUUGCGUGUAAAUGAAGAGCAGCAAAUUGUAAGAGGUUUAUUCAUAUGAUGCCAAAAACUAAUUUAAAAAAAAACUUGUUUUAAUAAAGUUUGAAUGUUUUUCA